CGAAAAAAAGAGGAGAAGAAAAGAAAAAAAAAAUCCCCAAAAGUGGAGAGCGACUAUGCCCCCGUCCGUCUUCUUGCGUCAAUAUUCGGCCGGUAUUCACAGCUCUUGCAAGCACAGAAUCUUUGCAGGGCAAAAUUGUCGCCGCCCAUCUAUCCUUGCUGCGCAUUUGCAACGACAUAUCCCGUCCUGUCGUCAAUAUUGGCAACGAGGCCCACGGUCGCCAUGGACAAUAACGAAGGAAGAGCUGGAGGAUCCGGAGAAGCUGAUCGAAAGCCUAAGAAGAGGAAUAUGGGAAGGGCAGAGUGGAGCCGGCAAACAAUAGACAAGAGAGCGCGAAACGAACAGCAGGUCGAGGCUAAACGACGGAAAAUCGAGAAUGGCGAGGACGUUAAAACCCCGGUUUAUGCCACCCAUUUCUCCCAGGAAGACAUCGACAAUGAGCAACGUCGCCCGAAAAAGAAGGUUGCCGUGCUAUUGGGGUACUCCGGAACAGGCUACAAGGGCAUGCAAUUGAGCGAUACCGAGAAAACCAUCGAAGGAGAGCUUUUCGCCGCCUUUGUGGCUGCCGGGGCCAUCUCUAAAGCGAACGCCGCGGACCCGAAGAAAUCGUCAUUGGUUCGAUGCGCGCGCACAGACAAGGGCGUCCAUGCUGCCGGUAACAUCGUCUCGCUGAAGAUGAUUCUGGAGGGUCCGGCUACGGUUCAAAAAAUCAACGAGCAGCUCAGCUCGCAGAUUCGCAUCUGGGACAUUCUAGUUGCGAACAAAUCGUUCAGCAGUUACCAAAUGUGCGACUCCCGAAUUUACGAAUAUCUCAUCCCGUCCUAUUGCUUCCUGCCGCCACAUCCCAGUACCUACCUCGGAAAGAAAGUAUCGGAAAUCGCCGAGAAAUACGGAGAUUUGGAGGGAUUGGCCACUCGCCAGGCGGAAGUGGCAGACUACUGGGCUGAGACCGAUGAGAAGCACGUUCGACCUAUUCUCGAAAAGGUCAACGAGGACAUUCGUAAACUCGUGCAAAAGGCGCUGUAUUUUGACGAAGAAAAAUCUGCUGAGGCCCAGUCAGUUGAUAAGGAUGCUACGCAGUCGACUGGGACACCUGAGAAUGGCACCAACCCCGAGAUGUCUACAGCAACAGAAAACCCAGACGAGCAGGGCCAAAAUAUGGAACUUGAUGAGGCCCAGGAAGCUCAGAGAAAAGAGAUCUAUGAGACCGUCAAGGCUGUCAAGGCAGCAUACAACACAGCCAAGCGGGCUUAUCGCAUUCCUGCCGCUCGUAUGGCCCGCAUACAAGAAACUUUAGACAAGUAUGUCGGCACAAGGAAUUUCUACAAUUACACCAUCCAAAAGAUGCACAGCGACCCCUCCGCCAAACGUCACAUUAAAUCAUUCAAGGUCGACCCCAAUCCUGUCAUAAUCAACGGCACCGAAUGGCUCAGCUUGAAGGUACACGGUCAAAGCUUCAUGAUGCAUCAAAUCCGCAAAAUGGUCGCCAUGGUCGCCUUGAUUGUACGAUGCGGCUGUGACCCUCAGCGCAUCGUGGAUAGCUAUGGCCCCACGAAGAUCGCGAUUCCCAAAGCUCCUGGUCUGGGUCUUCUACUAGAACGUCCGGUCUUUGAUGUGUAUAACAAAAAGGCUAGUGAAACAAACAAACAGCACAUCAACUUCGACAACUAUGCCAAGGAAAUUGGCGAGUUCAAGCAGCGCGAGAUUUAUGACCGAAUCUUCCGUGAGGAGGAAGAGUCUAAUGCCUUCUCGUCUUUCUUCAACCAUGUCGAUCACUUUCCUCAGGAAGAAUUCCUCUACAUCACAUCCGGUGGCAUUACAGCCGCGAAGCCUAUACAGCAGGGCUCAGCUGAAGUUCGCAAAGAGGACGAUCAAGCAGGUCGCAAAUCCCAGCGGGAAGCUUUGGCUAUAGUCGAGGCGGAUUCUGAUAAUGAGGCCAACAUUCCGGACGGUGGUGAGGAGGGAGGUUAACCUUCCGUCCCGAGUUUGUAUAUAGAGAAUCGAUCUACUCGCGUGUCCGCGAAGCCGGGCUGGACAUCUCUCUAUGGGGUCUAUCUAUCAAAUUUAUGCCUCCAUAACGGCCAGUAGAAUCGAUGAGAUACACAUGAGCGAAGUUUGCGUAUUAGACAACAUGAAGGUAUAGUUGUAAAC